AUUGUGAACACGACGCAGUAAGCUACUUCUUGUCACUGCACGUUGUGGUUAGCCUGAAAGAUCCGAUCAUAAUUAUCAUUUUUUUUUUUUGUCUACUUCAGUAGCAGUAAGUCUGUCAAAAAGGACCUGCCUACAUCACACGCUUCUUUUUCUGCUACAUGAUCUGAAAUUUGCUAAACACUGGAGGAGAGAAGGUGAAAAAUGACCCAGUUCCUACCGCCCAAUCUGCUGGCCCUCUUUGCUCCACGGGACCCGAUACCUUUCCUACCUCAGCUGGUGAAGUUGCCCCAUGAGAAGCAUCACAACCAACCCUACAGUGGCAUCGCUCCGUUCAUCAGACACUUUGAGGACCCGAGAGAUGCACCCCCUCCAACAAGAGCAGAAACCCGUGAAGAGCGGCUGGAGAGGAAGAGGCGAGAGAAAAUCGAGAGGAGGCAAACAGUAGUAGAGACAGAACUUAAACUUUGGGAUCCUCAUAAUGACCCAAACGCACAGGGGGAUGCCUUCAAGACCCUGUUUGUUGCACGAGUGAAUUAUGACACCACAGAGUCCAAACUUCGCCGUGAAUUUGAAGUCUAUGGCCCCAUCAAACGGAUUUACAUAGUCUACAACAAGAGGACAGCGAAGCCUCGGGGCUAUGCAUUCAUUGAAUAUGAACAUGAGCGAGACAUGCACUCCGCCUAUAAGCAUGCUGAUGGGAAGAAGAUUGAUGGCAGAAGGGUCUUGGUGGAUGUGGAAAGAGGACGUACUGUCAAAGGAUGGCGUCCUCGCAGGCUAGGAGGUGGAUUGGGUGGCACGAGGAGAGGUGGAGCUGAUGUGAACAUCAAGCACUCUGGUCGAGAUGAUGCGUCACGCUACGAUGACCGUCCUCUGGGAGGUGAUCGUGACCGUGGAGACCGGAGGGAACGCAGCCGUGAACGGGACAGGGACAAGGACAGAGAUCGUCGGAGGUCCCGAUCUCGUGAACGCCGUCGACACACCCGUUCCAGAGAGCGAGAAAGGGAAAGAGACCGACAGAUCGGAGCAGGAGAGGACACCAGUGGUAGUAACCGGCGUCGAGAGCGCGAAAGGGAGCGUGGGGGGGCAGCGGGAGGAGACAGCAGGAGUAGGGAGAGAAGUCGAGACCGGAAAAGAAGGAGCAGGAGCCGGGAUCGUAAGAGAGACAGGGAGAGAGGUAAGGGGCUGGAAGGGGAUGAGGUCAGCCAAGGAGAAGGUGGCCCUGAGGCUGGGGAGCGGAUGCUGGAGGACCAUGAAGGAGAAGUGAGUGAGGGCUUAGAGGAGCGUAGAGACAGAGAAAGAGAGAGGGACAGACGGCGUAGCCAUCGAGACAGGGACAGACGUAGGGGAGAUCGGGACAGAGACAGGGAACACAAGAGGGAGCGUGGAGAGAGAGACAGGGGAGAGCGGAGAGAGGAGCGCCAUGGUUCCCUACGAGACGACAUGGGCCCUCAAGAUGAUAUGGGCAAUGAGGAUGAUGGAGGAGUGCCGCCACAGAUGGAGGAAUACAGUCAGGAUGGGAUGAUGGGCCAACAGUCGGUCCCAUCAGCUGAUGGCUAUGGUUCCAGUGAAAAUGGCUACAAGAUGGAGGCUCCAGGAGAUGAGUACUGAAACGGCUCCUCUGCCAGGAGAAUCUAACUUACAAGUAGUUUCUUUUUGUUCUGUCACAUGGCAUUUGGCCAUGGGAGCUUUGUGAUUUCAGGGCUUCUUGAGUAUCAAACGCCUAGCUAGCUUUCCUCUCAAUUUGCUUCAGUACUCUAUUUGGUAUCAAUGUACACAUUGAUUUGAUCUCUUAAUUGGCAGUUUUCUUACAUUGCCCAACUAAUCUGUGCCACUCCAUCACUAAAUGUCAUCAAAUUACUCUGGAGAUGUUUUUAAUUUUGUUUUGUCCAUCCCACCUACACACACACACACUCUUGACCUUCAGAUGCACAUGAAACACAAGUUUUUAAGUUCUUUUGAAAUGGUAGUCUUUAUUUCCAGAUGAAUAAAACAAUUAGAAUGUGGUAAUUGGAUCCAAAUGACCAUCCAGUCUGUUUGUCAAAUUGAAGUAAAUGUAACGUUGUGGCAGUUGAGGGCACCUCUGUUUAUUCAUUUAUGAAUCUUUUUUUUUUGUUUGUUUGUUUUUUGCUGUUGGUAAUAUUUCCAAGGACAUUUUAAUAAAGAUGUGACUUAAAGCCA